AUGGCACCAAGAAAACGCAAGGCUGAGGAAACUGCAGCGGCUACGGUGUCGCCGGUAAGAGUAACGCGCUCUGCGACGAGAAAAACUCGUUCAUCGGCGAAGAGAUCGCGAUCCGAUUUAGUGGAGUUACCAGAUCAGAGAAAAUCAUCGAGUAAGACGAAGAAGAGGGUUAAGAAAACUAAAGGUAUUGAAGGUUCUGCGGCUGAAAGUGAGAAAGUGGAAGGAGAAACUUCCAAGAAUGUUCAAGAACUUUCUGCUGUUGGUUAUGAGAAAGCCGAAGGAGGAACUUCCAAGAACGAUCCAGAAGAUUCUACGGCUGAAGGUGUGAAAGCCGAAGGAGGAACUUCCAAGAACGAUCCAGAAGAUUCUACUGCUGAAGGUGUGAAAGCCGAAGGAGGGUCUUCCAAGAACGAUCCAGAAGAUUCUACGGCUGAAGGUGUGAAAGCCGAAGGAGGAACUUCCAAGAACGUUCCAGAAGCAUGUGCGGUUGAAGGUGUGAAAGCGGAAGAAGAAAAAUCCAAGAACGAUCCAGAAGCUUGUGCGGUUGAAGAAGUGAAAGCGGAAGUAGAAUCAUUCAAAAACGAUCCAGAAGCUUGUGCGGUUGACGAAGUGAAAGCGGAAGGAGGAACUUCGAAGAUCGUUCUAGAAGCUUGUGCGAUUGAAGAAGUGAAAGCGGAAGUAGAAUCAUUCAAAAACAAUCCUGAAGCUUCCGCAGUUGAAGAAAUGAAAGCGGAAAUAGAAAUCGUGAUGAAUGUUCCAGAAGCUUCUGCUGAUGUUAUUGAGAAAGUGGAUGUAGAAAUCGCGAAGAAUGUUCCUGAAGCUUCGUCUGCUGAUGGCGAGAAAGCGGAAGGAGAAACCUCCAAGAACGUUCUAGAAAUUCCUGCGACUGAAGGAGAAAAAUUGGAAGGUGAAACAUCGCAGAAUGUUCUAGAAAUUUCUGCGUUUGAAGGAGUGAAAGCGGAAGGAGAUACAACUAAUUACGUUCCAGAAGCUUCUGCGACUGAAAAAGAAACAUCUAAGAACAUUUCAGGAGUUUUUGUGACUGAAAGUGAGAAAGCGGAAGGAGAAACCUCUAAUAACGUUCCAGAAACUUCUGUGGCUGAAACUGAGAAAGAAAAAGCAGGAGCCUCAAGGAGCGUUCCAGAAGCUUUUGCUGCUGAAAAAGAAACAUUCCAGAACGUUGUAGAAACUCUGUUUGAAAACGACGGAGCAGGGAAUGAAGCUAACCCUGCUUUGGGGGUACUGGAAGAGAAAAUGGAAGAUUUCAGGAAGGAUGCCAAUUUGAAGCCUUAG